AUGCCCAUCGAUCUGUUGCUGGUCCGUGACGACGACAUUCCCCCACUGUUAAUGGACGGUGUUUGCGACUUGGGAAUUGUCGGUCAGAAUGUUGCAGAAGAAGCUAGGUUGGCCCGCGAGCAGCUAGGAGAUAGCUCUGGUCUUGCCUCUAUCCGUUCGCUAGGCUUCGGCGGUUGUCGGUUAUCCUUCGCGGUUCCAGAGUCCAUGGCAUACGAUGGCGCAGCUAAUUUGGCUGGUAAACGUGUGGCAACAACUUACCCACAACUCACCGCUCAGUACCUACAACAACAAGGGGUUGACGCUCGUAUCGUAAAGCUAUCUGGCUCAGUCGAAAUUGCGCCGAGUUUGGGUACUGCGGAUGUCAUUGCCGAUUUAGUGUCGACCGGUUCAACGCUGCGCGCCAACCACCUAAAGGAAGUUGACGUCUUCUUGCGCUCGGAGGCCGCUUUGUUUCGUGGGGCGACAGAACUUGAUGGUGACAAACAGGCUACCCUCGACCGCUUGCUGGCUCGGAUCGAAGGCGUUCUGCAAGUAAAGGAAAGCAAGUACGUGAUGUUGCAUGCGCCGCGCGAUAAGUUGGCAAUCGUUCGCGAAAUUCUGCCGGGCGCGGAGAGCCCGACCAUUCUGCCGCUAGAAGGCGAUGACAGCCGCGUCGCGGUUCAUGCUGUUUGCCGAGAAACUGUCUUCUGGGAACACCUUGAAGAACUUCGUGAGGCAGGUGCCUCGGCCAUCUUGGUUCUGCCAGUUGAGAAAAUGCUGGCGUGA